UUCCAAUUUGUUUUCAACCGUUCUUCAGGAAUAAGACGAGGCGAUCUCUUGUACGCGGCAGAAAAAUAAUCCGAAUGGACGAUCCGAUCAAUAUCAGUCAGUCAAAUCUCGCCACUACAUCUCUGCUAAGUUGUUCACCUUGCAAUCGCGAUCGUAGCUGGUCAACAUUGAUCCCGCGAACACGCGAUCAACUCCGUGAUUUUCUCGGACACGUUGGAACGAUUCGUCGGAUAAUUUUCAACGCUGCUCUUUCUACUCCCUGCAGUUUCCACGAAAUGGCGUACUACGAUCUUCCCGCCAUGAUAGACUACGCUCUCGAUCAUACCGGCCAAAAGAGUCUGAUCUACAUCGGACACUCCAUGGGCACGACCACCAGCUAUAUUCUGCUCUCGAAAAGACCGGAGUACAACAAUCGAUUGCGAUUGGUUGUCAGUUUCGCGCCAGUUGCUUACUGGAAGCACGCACGUACGGGAAUCCGAAAAUUGAUUUUUGAUAGCGGUGAUUUUAUCGAGCAAACAUUCCGUGCUCAGGGAAUUUUCGAACUGUAUCCACAAAGCACGCUCCUCGCACAACUGAUAAACUCACUGUGCAACGAAAAAGCUGCUACCCACAAAGUUUGCGUUUACACAAUCUUUACUUUCACUGGAUUCGACCCCGAGCAGUUCAACACUACUCUCAUUCCGUAUCUGGCGAGCUACUUACCUGCCGGGGUGUCGCUCAAGACGCUGACGCACUACUAUCAACACUUAUCUAGUGGUCAAUUUAGGCAGUACGAUUACGGCUACGUCGAGAAUUUCGGACGUUACCAGCAGGCCGAACCACCGGCUUACGACGUCUCCAAGAUAACAGCACCAGUUGCUCUCUUUUACGGCAGGAACGACCCCCUUUCCUACGAAGUGGACGUUAUGGAACUGAAGAAAAGGCUGCGGAACGUUGUAGCUUCUGUCGCAAUAUCUUACCCAGCGUUCAAUCACCUUGACUUCGUAUGGGCUACCGACGCUAAACGUCUCCUGUACGACGAUACCAUAGAAUUAAUUCACCAGUACAAAUAAAAUAAGCUUUUAUUUCACCCUGCGAACUCUCGCGGUUUCAUCGUAAGGUGGACCAUAUCCGUGUAUCCACAACAAUUAUGUCAUGACUACGUACGUAAUGUAAUUCGCAAAUAUUCACAAUGGUGACCAAAAUCAGUUUGUAGAAACAUUAACAUAAAUUUAUUACGGUUCCAAGGUAGCGAUGGCAAUAGUUAUCAACUUCCAGCUGUAAUCAACUGACCACUUCAAGAUUUUAUUUCAAAAACUCAGCCCGUGACCGGAAAUUGAGAUAUGAUUGCCAAUCGGUGUUUCCUCACCGCACGUCAAAAUGGGCAAACAAUUAUUGUUGCGAGAAUUUAAAUUGCAAUACUGCAUAACAAUUUAUUUAUUUUCAGUAUAAUAAUAUAUUAUUCAUGUGUAUACCAUAUCGCCAUACAUAAAUUUGCGAAUUGUAUUGCAGAACCUAUAUGGACAAAGUCACGUAAUCUUUUGUUGAAACAGUUAUCAUCUGUUUUAUUUUUCUGCCAAGUAAGAAAUUAUUUUUGUCGUUCCAGUCAGUUCCGGUAAAUGAUCGUAACGCACUUCUUUCAAACAGGAUGAUUGACCAAGUCUGAGACCGAGUGUUAGCCAACAUAUACCAAAGCUUUACUUAGAUCGAUAAAAUAUGAUGACGCGUUAAUAGCGUGUGCAUCCAGUAUAUGUAUAGACGUAGAUUUUAAAUUUUACCUGUAAGCGUAAAUUUACAUGUACGGAUCUUGCCACUGACAUACCUAGUAUACUAACUGAAAAAUAUUGAACGAAGUAAAA